AUGACUGAUAUCAGAACACAGAGCCUGAAAGAGCCUGUCGACGUCGCCGAGUACCUCUUCAAGAGACUUCGCCAGGUCGGUGUCCGCUCGGUUCAUGGCCUUCCCGGAGAUUACAAUCUCGUGGCCCUCGACUACCUUCCCAAAUGUGGCCUGAACUGGGUUGGUAGUGUCAACGAACUCAAUGCCGGCUAUGCGGCUGAUGGUUACGCCCGCGUCAAAGGCAUCUCUGCCAUUAUCACUACUUUCGGGGUCGGCGAACUCUCAGCCAUCAACGCCCUCGCUGGCGCUUAUUCGGAGCAUAUACCCGUCGUUCACAUUGUCGGCUGUCCCUCUACUGUCUCCCAGAAGAACGGAAUGCUCUUACACCACACGCUUGGCAACGGAGACUUCAACGUCUUUGCCAACAUGAAUGCUCAGAUCUCAUGCGAUGUUGCUCGUCUCAAUAAUCCAGCCGAUGUUGCCAACCAAAUCGAUCAUGCUAUCAGAGAAUGUUGGGUCCGCAGCCGCCCAGUUUACAUCAUGCUGCCAACCGACAUGGUUCAGAAGAAGAUAGAGGGCGAUAGACUAAGUACCCCUAUUGACUUGGAGGAAUUUCCCAAUGACCCCGACAAGGAGGAUUACGUUGUCGAAGUUGUUCUCAAGUACCUACAUGCGGCAAAGAAGCCUAUCAUGUUGGUAGAUGCCUGCGCCAUCCGCCAUCGAGUUCUGUCUGAAGUUCAUGACUUUCUAGAGAAGGCUAAGCUUCCUGUUUUUGUCACUCCGAUGGGAAAGGGUGCCAUUAAUGAAUCGCAUCCCAACUACGGGGGCGUGUACGCCGGAAGUGCUUCACAUCCCGACGUCAAGGAAAGCGUUGAGUCUUCAGAUCUAAUACUCUCUGUCGGUGCACUGAAGAGCGAUUUCAAUACCGCUGGAUUCUCAUACCGAACUUCGCAACUCAAUACUAUAGACUUCCACAGCACACACACUACUGUCCGGUACUCAGAAUAUCCCGGCGUUACCAUGAGAGGUGUCUUGCGCAAGGUCAUUGAGGGUCUCGAGGUGGAAAGGCUGAGCAUUAUCCCGCCUCCUACAGUGUCAAACAAGCUGCCCAGCGAUGAGCAAAACUCGGGCCAGACUAUAACCCAGCAGUAUCUAUGGCCGAGAGUUGGCAGCUAUCUUCGUGACAACGAUAUCGUGGUCACAGAGACUGGCACGGCCAAUUUCGGAAUUUGGGAUACCAAGUUCCCCGCUGGCGUGGUGGCGUUAAGCCAGGUCCUCUGGGGAAGCAUUGGCUGGUCAGUUGGCGCCUGCCAAGGCGCAGCUCUCGCCGUCAAAGAUGCUGGUGAAAAUCGAAGAACUAUUCUAUUUGUCGGUGAUGGUUCGUUCCAGCUCACAGCACAGGAGGUGACCACCAUGUUGCGUCACAAUUUGAAGCCAACAAUCUUCGUCAUAUGUAACGAUGGUUUCACCAUCGAGCGGUUUAUUCACGGCAUGGAGGCUGAAUACAACGACAUUGUGCAGUGGCAGUACAAGGAGGUUGUCACAGUUUUUGGCGGGUCUGAAGAGACGGCCAAGAAGUUCGUUGUCAAAACGAAGGAUGAGCUGGAGAAGCUCUUGACGGAUGAGGAAUUCAAUAACCCCACAGCACUGCAGUUUGUUGAACUCUAUGUCCCCAAGGAGGAUGCGCCGAGGGCAUUGGUCAUGACGGCUGAGGCCAGUGCGAAGAAUAACGCGAAGAUUGAAUGA